AUGGACUCGCUAUUGGGGCCCCUUGCCGGAAUGCAGCCACGACAGGUCGCGCUACAGGUCCUGAACUUCGCGUUGGUGCUGAGCACGGCCUUUAUGCUCUGGAAGGGUCUUUCUGUCGUGACCGAUUCGCAGAGCCCUAUCGUCGUCGUGCUUUCGGGCUCCAUGGAGCCGGCUUUCCAGCGCGGUGACUUGCUGUUCCUAUGGAACCGCGCGAAGGAGACGAAGAUUGGGGAGGUGGUGGUGUACAGCGUGAAAGGGAAGGAUAUCCCGAUCGUGCACAGGGUUGUGAGGAGGUUUGGUGGCGGACCGAACCCACUGCACCUUCUCACCAAGGGCGACAACAACGUCGCAGACGAUACGGAGCUCUACGCGCGCGGCCAGUCAUUCCUGAACCGCGAACGCGACGUCAUUGGCAGUGUCUUCGGCUACAUCCCCUUCGUGGGCUAUGUGACGAUCCUGCUGAGUGAAUAUCCGUGGCUCAAGACAGUCAUGCUCGGCUUGAUGGGGCUGACUGUUGUGCUGCAGAGGGAAUGA